ACAACAUAUGAUGAAGUAGAGUGAACUACUACGAGGAUGGCAAUGGCCGUAAUACAGGACGUAAAUAGCAAUAACCAAGGAGCACAUGUGCCUCCAUUUGUGAAAGGGGGAGUAAGGCCAUUAUUUGCGAUUGAUAACAUUGACUGGGGUAGUGAAGUAGGCCCAUUCCAUGGAGCAGAUUUAAUGAUAGCACAAAGAGAGGCUGUAUCAAAUCCGGUUCUGGGUUGUAAGUUGAAACUUAAUGUUGAUAUUAAAGAAAGAUCUCUGAAGCAGUCAUUGGAAACUGUAUAUUGCAAUUGUGAGAAACCAAGCAACCCAAGAGUUGAACAUGAAGGUUAUAAUUCGUAUUCACGGGAAAAAAUUAGUAAUGUCUAUGAACAAAUCAAUGUUAUUUGGCUAUUUAUGUGUAGUUGGGCUCUUAAAGAUAACCAGAAAAAAAUAGAUGACGAUAAUGAAGAUGAAAUAAAAGAAAUUAUGGAAGAUGAUGAUAAAGUUGUGGAUACAGAAGCAAAAUCAAAAGUACAUGAACAAGCGAUAGAUAAAGGAGGUCAGUCAUCAGAAAAACAGCAGACCACCAUCUGUUAUACACCAGACGAAAACACUUCAAACGAGUCGGAACUUACAGCUAGUAAACAUGAAUUAACAUCAGAUGAAGAGCCUAAUCUAAAUAAAGUUGUGGAAACAGAAGCAAACUCAAAAGUACAUGAACAACAGAUAAAUAAAGGAAGUCAGCCGUCAGAAGAACAGCAGACCACCAUUGGUCAUACAGUAGACGAAAACACCUCAAACCAGUUGGAACUUAUAGCUACUAAGCAUGCAUUAACAUCAGAAGUGCCUAAUCUAGAAUCAUCAACAGGAUGUGAAUUUACUUCCAAAACGAUGAAUCAGAAACAGGUUGAUUGCCCAACAUGGUCAACAUUCAAUUCGUUAAUAUCACAAAAGGUUCCUGAAUGGAAUGUUGGGAUUGCAGCGCCUUUGUAUAGAAGAAGCCCCACUGAAUGGCCCGUUCUCCUUACAAUAUUAAUGCAAGCAAAGAAGAUUAAUUGUGUUACUGCUGGGGAAGGUUGCAGACCAAUUAUUUCACUAGAUGGUGAUUUGUAUGAUCGGGCAGUUAAGCUAAAGAACUACAAAGAACACUGGUGCAUCAGACUAGGAGCUUUACAUAUAGCAAUGGCAGCUUUAAAAUGUCUCGGUAAAUAUACUGAAGGUAGUGGAAUAGAUCUAGCAUGGGAAGAAUCAGGUCUCUACGGAUCUGCAACAGUACGACAGAUCAUAGAAGGACGCCAUAUAUACAGAGGUAUUAAAGCACAUACGGUGACACUUAUUGCAUUACACCAUUUGUUCAUGCAGACAGUGUUCAACGAAACUGAAAGAGAAGAAAUAACACACGAAGUUCAGAAAGUUAUGAAUUCUUUUGAAUCAUAUCACAAUGCGGCAACAGGGACAAAAUCCACUAAAACAUUUCAGGAUCAUAUCUAUGAAAUGCACAAACAAUUAUCUUCGAAAGACAAUAACGUAUUCAGACGUAUAACUGAAUGGGAGAAACAUGGAAAAGGUAUCCAAAAGUUCCUCAUCAACUAUAUGAAUCAAGUCCAAGUACUACUGAUGUUUAUUGGAGGAACACGAAAAGCAGACUGGACAUUACAUUUGAGAAAACUAGAGGAGUUACUACCUUACUUUCAUGCCCACGAUCAGUACAAUUAUGGCCGAUGGGGACCACUGUAUGUUGCAGACAUGCUUGAAAUGCAGAAAACUGAUGCUGAAACGUGGAACUUCCUUAAUGAAGGAAAUUUUGUUAUUACCAAACAUGCUGUGCCAUUUACAUCGAUAGACCCUGACCAUGCAAUUGAACAAGAGCAUAAAAAAAUGAAAGUAAAAGGUGGUUUCGUUGGUAUAACAGGCAAUAAACAUGCUCUUGAGAAAUAUUUCAUCAUAGCUCCUUCAUUAAGCACAGCCGUCAGUGAGUUCAAAGAGUAUUCUGGUAUUAAAUGCAGGCAACCAUCUCCACUUCAUCAUGAGUUGAAAGGAAACAAAAGUUUAAAGAUGAUGGAAAAUGCUGCCAAGCUUGUUGAUGUCCUUGCCAAGGAAGGUAAUCCAUUUCAACAAACGGACAUGUUCAAUCUAGUGACAUUUGUUGUAACCUCAAAUGAAGUGGGUCAAACAAUUGCAAAUCGCGACAAAUUAGGAAAAGAUGCAUUUGAUAAAUUUGUGUCAACACGAAUGGUUGAAAAAACCGUACACUUUUGGGACCCUCAAAAGAAAAACAACUUCUCCUACUUCAAGGAUGUCGGAGCAGUGGCAAAAACUAAAAUUAAAGGUCAAUUAGUUUCUAUAAAACAAGAGAGGAAGCUGCUAUCUAGAUUGUUGGUUGUGGCAAAGAGCAGACCAGAAUUUGCGCUUAAAGAUGUCAUAGGAACAUACGAGUUCAACUGCACGCCACCGUCAAAUUUUCAUCCUGACGGAGGAAUGAUAAUGCUUUCUGGGAAAUCAAAGGUACUGCAGUCAAUCAUGAACCUUGCUCUACCGGAUAAUGUUACCAAACCUGCACAAAAUGACAAUACCACAAAAAUAUCAAUUUUAAUUAUUGAUGGGAUGUGUAUCGUCAUUAUGGUAAAGAAGGUAUCUGAUAAGUUCAAUGCUUCUGACUUUGCAUCUGAGUGUAUUAACAUGAUCGUUGGUAUGAGUAAACCAUAUGAUGAAAUUUGUGACCAGUACCUACCAGGCUCUCUAAAAGAAAUUACACGAGAUAAGAGAACAAAGAAAACGACUACCAUCCAAUACCACGUAAAUGACAACACAGAGAUCAAAAACAUUAAGACAUUUUUAUCGCACAUAGAGACCAAAGCUGAACUGACAAAAUAUCUAUCAGAGAAGUUACUUAAUCAUUUCAAGGACACCACCAAGAGAGUUCUAGUAAUGUAUCACACUACCAUAAAGGCUAAUUGCGAUUUGUCAGAAAUUACCACGAUGCCAGAGAUGAAAUCAAGACAUCAUACUUUAGAGGAAGGUGACCAAAUGGUUUUGCUAAAUACUUUGAUUGUUUGA